AUGCCGCAAGCAGACACUCCGCUGACCGAGCUACUCACUCAGGCACUUUCGCAAAGUCAAACGCUGGUUAAGCAGGUGGAGGAACAGAGUCAGGUUAUUGACCGGCUAUUUCAGUCCGUGUCAGAGAAGCAGGCGGAGAUUGAUCGACUGAAAAAGGUUUUAGGCACGACACAAGCGAAGGAACGGAAGUGGCGGCUGCAGAAUCCGCAAAUACCUUCACCAGUCGUGCUUUCGGACGAGAUAGAUCAAACCAACACUUCGCAACCGUCAACUCCCGUGGCGUCUGCUUGUCGACCCGAAUCUUUCAGGUCCAGUCCACAGAUUCAGGUUCAAUCAUCGCCACCAAGGAAGAAACAGCGUCUCGAGUCGCGCGAGGGCACGCCACUGCGAGAGGUUCAAAACAACACAAAGCUACUUCCCCGGUCGGUGGAUCGUGUCGAGAAGGCAAUUGCAGCAAUUCCGAUCUUAGCAGAAGAUGGGGAGGUUGAUAGCAGGGAAGGCAAACACCAGUCUAAAUCAUCAAAGGUAGAUCCUGCCGUCAGAGGCGAUGCUGCCGGUCGACUGGACGCUCUGCUCGGAUCCCCAGCGCCAUCUGUCGACUUGUUUGCGCAGAGGCCCACUUCCGCCAGCCCAAGGGCCAACAACAGAUCCGUUCCAACCUUACGCAAGAGCUCAAGUGACCUCGAGGCGACAGAUCGCCAAGUGCGGCGAAAGCCACGUUUUGUGCCUCACCCGCCGCAACGGAAGGAGCAGCCUCCACUUCGGUCACGACCUGUUAGCAGCCUGAAACUUUCAGACUUCGUGCUUCGGCCUGAAUAUUUGGAGGAGUGGCACAGACCAAGGGAUCGCCGAAAAUCGGCAUUGGGAGCAAGUGACCAUUCUGAGGAGGACUUGCUGCUAGAUUAUCUGGGUGCUGGGUCGAAGAACAUGCUAGCUAAUAUGACUAAGACUGCAAGGGACAACGCCCUACACGAAGCUCGAAUCCAGAAGAUUGCCCAGGGGUUUGCAGAAAGGAGUGCACCACUCGUAACAGCAGAGUGGCCCGGGGGAGGUUACUGGGAAGUCGAGUUUGGAGGGACACAGGAAGAUGAGAAGCGGCGGAACGAGUUGGUAGAGAGGACGCGGGCGGAGGUCGAGCAUCGUGUGAUCGAAGCAAUGAAGCCUGAUGGUAGGUACAAGUUUCGGGACGAGUGA